GAUUUAUGAAGGUAGGCAUUUCCUUGAGUUUUAUACGUGUCUGGAAACCUUGAUAGAGUCUAUCAAGUAUUUUAAACCUACCAAAUUCCCUUUCAGAUGCUAGUUGCUUUGAUCCCAUCUAAUCCGCUAAUUCCGUUUCUUAUAGAUGGCAGCAUGCUGCUUCAUACUGGCGGCGUCGAAAUGGGCCAAGGUUUAUACACUAAGAUGUGUCAGGUUGCGGCUGAGGAGCUCGGCGUAAGCGUUGAUCAAAUAUUUAGCAAAGACUCACAAACCGACCAAGUCGCCAACCCAUCUCCCACUGCCGCAUCGUCGGGGAGUGAUCUCAACGGCAUGGCUGUCAAAAACGCCUGCGAUCAACUCAAUGAGCGUUUAGCGCCUUACAGGAAGCAAUUUGGACCUGACGCUCCGAUGUCAGUGAUUGCCCACGCCGCGUAUCGGGAUCGGGUCAAUCUUGCCGCGAACGGUUUCUGGAAGAUGCCUCGAAUAGGAUACAAAUGGGGCAACUACAAGGAUCCGCUUCCGAUGUACUAUUAUUUCACUCAGGGUGUUGCUAUCACCGAGGUCGAAUUAGAUGUCCUCACAGGGGAUCACACCGUGCUGAGGACUGAUAUUAUGAUGGAUGUCGGUCGUUCCAUCAACCCGUCUAUAGACUAUGGUCAGAUUGAAGGAGCAUUCGUCCAAGGACAAGGUUUAUUCACGAUGGAGGAGUCGUUAUGGACUAGGGAGGGCGAACUCUUCACUAGAGGCCCUGGGACGUAUAAGAUACCAGGUAAAACCAGCGGAAUCUGCACCGUUCCAACACUAGGCACUAACGUAAGGAUAGGAUUCUCCGAUAUUCCGCAGGUAUUUAAUGUAUCCAUGUUGAGGCAUGAUUCGAGCGGGAAUGCCAUUAGCUGGAAGCAUCUGCGCUCUAUCCAAAGUAGUAAGGGCGUUGGAGAGCCGCCGCUUUUCUUAGGCUCUACGGUAUUCUUCGCCCUCAGAGAGGCAGUGAAGGCCGCAAGGGAAAUGAAUGGCGUGAUAAAGCCAUUGAUCCUCAAUGCUCCGGCGACCCCUGAAAAAUUGCGUUUGGCCGUCGGCGAUGAGCUCGUUGAAAGGGCCGCUGUAGCCCCCAAAGACGGAGAAACGAACUUCUUCGUUCGUAUCGAAGAAUGAAUCAAAGCACUGAUGGGAGCUGCCCGUGUAGAACGCCUCUUUAUGUUAUCACUAAGCCGUAUCAGUGAGGAGAACAGGGAUCCGGGUAAACUCCAAUUUUUGAGGAUAUCGCGACUCGGCAAUUUUUAAUUAAUGAAGCAUCUCGAAAUCA